UGACGUUCUAGAAAGCCUGCUGGCUUACCCUUCUCAAUUCUCCUUAAUCGAUCAGAAAAAAAGCCAAGAGGUCAACGGUCAACAGUGUCAAUCUUGCUCUCCAAACAAACUCAAACCUCUUAGAAGCCUCUAGACCUGUUUGAAAUUUCAAAUCUCAAACCCCUCUCUUCUUAAACCCCCUCUCUUCUUACCAAUCCUUCCUCACUUGUACUCUCCUCUCCCACAUCACCACCAAAAACAAAAACAUAAAAAACAACUAUAUUUUUUUAAUUAUCAACUCUCUCUCCUUUUUCUUAUUCAAGCAAAUCAAUUAAUUUUGCUCUAUGGGAACUUUGGUUGGUCAUGUGGCACCGGGUUUUGGCUUCUUCAUCAUUGGUUUAUGGCACCUCAUCAAUCAUAUCAAGCUCCAUGUUAUGCGUCCAAACUCCUAUACGGCACCGUCUUGGUUCCCCACCUCCAGAUACAGGUAUUUGGAGCUCUACUUGAUUAUGGCUGGUUCUUGUGCCUCUAUAGCCAUGGAGCUCUUCAUCGGACCCGAACGCCACCAACCGUUCGAUUCCGACGGAACCAUCCCUUCCAACCAUCUCCACAAUUUCGAGCACUCUUCCAUUUCCAUGACCUUCCUUGUGUACGCGGUGUUCGCCGUCGUUUUGGAUAGGCUCCGGCCCAAAGCCCAACAUGAGUUGACCCAAUUACUGGGUGGCAUAGCUUUCGCCCAGCAGCUUCUUCUGUUCCACCUUCACUCCGCCGAUCAUAUGGGACCCGAAGGCCAAUACCACUUGCUUCUGCAGCUGGUGGUUUUGGUGUCUUUAACCACUACCCUCAUGUCCAUUGGGCUCGCAAACAGCUUCGUGGUGAGUUUCGUGAGGUCUCUCAGCAUUUUCUUCCAAGGUUUGUGGUUCAUGGUUAUGGGUUUCAUGUUGUGGACCCCAGAAUUGAUACCGAAAGGUUGCUACAUCCACUUGGAGGAAGGUCACCAUGUGGUGAGGUGCACCGGAGAAAAAGCACUUCACCGAGCCAAGGCUCUGGUUAACCUUCAAUUCAGUUGGUACUUGAUUGGAACAGCCGUCUUUGGGGUUUCCCUAUACUUGGUUAUGGUUAAACUUUACGGUGAAAAUAAUAAUAAUAAGGUGGAAUAUUUUUCACUGACAAGGGAAUUAGAAGACCAAGAAGGAGAAGACUCGGAUGACGUUGAAUCCCAAAAGACGGCUACUACACAUGGAGCCUCCUUGAACUAUGUUCAUAUGAGCCACGGGCCCAAAGACAUAGAGAGGCAGCUGUUAGGAUACACGUCAGACCUGUUACAAAGUGAAAUGCCAGAGCUGGCUGUUGGCGAUAGAUUUGAUAAUUAGUGCUAGAGUUCAACAUGAAGAUAAAUGUUUUAUAUCCUACUUUUUUGUGUAUAUGUAUCCCGUACGUUAUCACUUGUUUACAUAUUGUUCCCUGAGAUAAUCUAUACCAGCUACAGACAUCAGUUGAACAUAGAUAAAAAUACACUUCCAAUUUAUUAUUUUUUCAUAAUCUUUAGCAGCCUUUAAAACUUCUUUUAUAAUUUAUAGAAAAUAUGCCCCUGAAUAUAAAACUAGCUAAGCACGUUUGACAUGCAUGAACCUAUUUAAUUUGCCUGUUUGGAUUGGAAUCAUCAGCUUGGGUUACUCAUAAUUGUUGACUUUAUCUUAUAUCUAAUAAAAAUAUUUUAAUUAAUUUU